UGCAUUUUCAAACUCAAACCGUGGCUGCGCCCUAUGUAGUUUUUCCGUAAAUCACUGUGUGCAUGCCUACGGGGACGUUUGACGAGGAGUUUCGGCGGGAGGCUCUUUAGUGUGGCUUACCUGUGAUCGCGAUUCUGCCCUUCAUUAGAGCUUGGGAGAAGCCCGCAGGGGUCCAACGGUUACGGCACAGGUUGAGUCUGUGUUUUCGGUGAUCAGGAAUGUCCAACGACACUUCAUCAACGGCUGUUCUCAUCAUCACCAAUCAACGGCUGGUGUUUCCACCGUUACCUUCUCGAAGUAUCCUGACUGUUGCCAACCGUUGUCAUCGCCAGCUGCUGCAAAGGACAAUCCAGACACACACUCAGAUUAUAUCUACUCAGGGAUUGUGCUCUGGUUACUCUCUGAGUGAGAGAGACUGAUCUGUACAUCAAUCAAUCAAGCAUGCUGGCCUGGCAUUCGUUGCACAAGUAUUCUUAUCCUUGGAGGUGUUGACCUGUCUCCCAGCUGAGCACACAGUCUCAGUGCUCCUUCUCAGGGCUCUUUUGCUCCUGAGAGGUGUGUAGAUCUACGGGCCAUGGCGUUGUCUUUCAAGUCUGCCGCUGAAGGGUUAGUUGUGAAUCGGUGGUUUCAUGAUGUUUCUGGGAGAACAUUGUCGAGUUUUCCUCCAGGUGCCGAUCUUGCAUCACCGCCCUUGGGGCAGCCUUCCGGAUGGCCGACAGAUUCUGUAGCACGCAAAUACCCUUUGCCUUGGUGCUUUCGAAGAGGCUAUGUCUCAAGCCGGUGUGUGGCAUCUGCUUUUGCACUUGAGGAUCGUUCUUCCUUCGGCAGGCUAACUAGCUUGAGAUAUGGAUGCGCAUCCAAGCUGGAAGUGAGUGCUAGAGGAGGGAGGGCUACGCGAGCAUCUCAUAAUUUGGGUUGGCGAUGGCCUUGUAUGCAUCCACUGCUUUCAGAGGAAAGGUCUGAUGACAACGGAGGGUGGAAUCGAAAUUGGAAGACACGCGCGAACCGCACGCAGAAUGUGUGUGUGGCAAUGUGCGUACACCGAACUCGUAACUCUGGUUGGCAGCGCGUUCUAAGCCAAGGUUUGGUGAAAACAGAAGAUUCCAGACGGCCGCGGGCAUGUUUUCCAUGCAGAUGCAGACUGCACACUUCUCCAUGGACGGAGAUUAACUGGGUGGAAGCAGCGAUGGAAAAACAACUUACGCGGAUGCUUGUCUUGGCAAGGGCCAAAGCGGAAGCUGGAAAUCAAGUGGGUGUUGAGGCAGAGCCAAAAAAAAAAAACUUUCAGGACCCCAAUCCUUCAAGUAGAAGUCGAAGAAAACCUCAGCGAAAGUCCUUGGCAAAGAGAUCGAAAUCGGAGCCAGCGCCACAGCUUGUAAUACAUGGAAAAAGGGUCGUAAGCCGAGAAUGCUGGGAUCCAAAAGGAGAAGUGGGUGGUACUCCCUCAGCCACUCAAGCAAGGCAGAUGGGGACAGCUCCUGCAUCUGCCCCGAAGACAGGAAAGGGAUCUGCAGGGAAGCCGAGCAAGGUCCCCAGACCGAAGAAAGCAGAAGAGCAUCUCGCUCGCACUACAGGCAGGGAUUGGAAUCGCGGAGCGGACACAAAAAACAUAGGUCUAACAAGUACAGGCAGGAAGUCGGCAAGCCUGCGAUCAUCUGGUCGAGCUGAGACACGGAGUUAUCGGUUACCGGAGAACCUGCUCGGUCAGAUUGCUGUGCCGAAGGGCCCGGAAUCCUUAUGGACAAGUAGCACUGCAGUUGAUAAUAUGGCCAAGAAGGACCCAAGAAGGGGUGGAGUAGAAGACCGAAUGCCAGUCAACAAGGCUGCUGAUCAGGUGACCAAGCAGUAUACUAACAGAAGUGCUGACAAGGUGGGGAAUGGGAUGAGAGAUGGAAAGGAUGGGGUGGCUGAUAGUGCACGGGAGAAAAUGAAUGGUAAGAACAGUGGCAAGGUCUUCAGGAAUGAGCUGAUGCCAAAUGAUGAGCGGAUGUUUUCAAGUUUUAUUGCAAAUAAGAAGAAAAUCGUUGUCGGGGGGUUGGAAAGGCGUCCACAGGAAAUCAGGGCUGCCAAAAAGGCACUGAAGAGACUGAAGCGGGUUUCUACGUUGGGGAAUGAAGAUGGUGCCGAGGCAAAAGAGAUGAAGGAAACACCUGUGCCUGGAAAGUAUGCCCACACACGCGCUAAGGGGAUUGUUGUGAAGGGCACCGUGCUUGGAGACUUCAUUCGGAAGGUGGAAGAGGAGGUCCAACAGAUGGAGGCAGAGGGGAAGGAGGAGGAGGAGGAGGAGGAGGAGGAGAAUAUGGGAGGAGAUAGUGGACCCGACCUUGUGGAAAACAUGGAGUCAGUGAUGUUAACGUCGUCAAGCACAGUGGUAUCUGGCAGCACAGAAGAUGGGAAGGCCAAAGGGAUAUCGACUGUCGAUGUGCAAAGUGAAUGCGACAGGGCAAAGGAUUUGGAAGCGGCGAUCGACUGCCAGGAGGGUCCUGGCAGUUUGCUUGAUGUACAUGUGAAAAAGGAUGCUGACGAAAUUGGCGCAGGCGCACAAACAUGUCUAGCAAAUGUGGCGGACAAAGGGAAUGCCGAUGGUGGUGGUGGAAUGAAUGACAUUGACGGAAGAAAUGGACAUGAGGCAGCAGAAGCUCCGACGCAGAAGGCAGGGUCCAUCGCCAAAGGAAGGACUAACAUGAGAAAGAGCUCCGUUUGGAGGGUCUUUUUGCUUGAUGUGCAUCCGAUCUGCUAUCGAGGGAAAAAGCCUUCAGCUUCAGCCUUUCUGAACUGGCUCAGCUUGUUUUUACGUGAUGUCAACCCCAAAAAGGACCCAGUCAUUGCGGUUGUGAAGAUUGUACGUGCAGAAGCUGAUGAUGUGAUUGCCACGCUGGCUGAGCAAGCUCUAGGCAUGGGCUUACAUGUUGUUGUGGCAUCUCCAGAUUGUGACUUCAGACAACUCUUGGGAGAGAGGGUGCAGAUAUGUUCUCCCCGUGACGACCUGCAGAGAUGGAGCUUUUACACAGAGGAUCACUUCAAAAAGCAGUGUGGCUGUACUCCUGCUCAGCAUUUCGAUACGAAGUGUCUGCUAGGCGACAAGACGGACUGCGUAGCUGGUUUGCGCGAUAUCGUUCCUGGAUUUGGGGCUGCAACGGCGCGGAAGUUGAUUCUGAAACAUGGUUCCCUCGAUGCACUUCUGUCGGCAGCAAAGGCCCGGCCUAUUGGCCGAGAAUUUAUCCGCAGUGCUCUUCUGGAUAAUGAGGAUUUGCUGAGGACCAAUCAAAGGGCACUCUUUUUGCGCAGGGAUGUUGAGGGUGUACUGCUGAAACCAGAAUGGUGUAUCGAACGCGACAUUUCAAAUGACGACAAGGCAUUUGAAGCAAUAAGGAAAGAGAUUGCGGCUCUCCCAAUGAGAGAACAACAGCAGAGGCAAGGCAUGGGCAGGACAGGACAACGAAAGGGGCAAGUAACAGGCGUAGAUUAGUGGUGGUGGUGGGCGGUGGGGGGAAGCAGUAAAGGGUUGGGGGGAAG